GAAAGCAACUUGGGGGCUUUGCCAUUAUCACUUCCCUGUCCUUAUUCCUUCUAUAUUUCUCUCUCUAAUAAACCAAAGUUCUGAUCUUGAUCCUCUUACCUCUGAAAACUCCAUAUCUCAGAUCAAGCUUGCAGCUAUGGACAGUAAUGCCUCCCCCAAACUUGAGUCAGAAACAUCUUCAGAGCUCAAAGCAGAAACUCAAGCAUCCAAGAAAAGGAAAAUGGUUGAGAAAACAGUUGUUGCAGUGAGGAUAGGAGAGAAUGUUAGCAAGUUGAAGAAUGAAGGGCUACCUUCUGAUUUUUGGUCAUGGAGGAAAUAUGGACAAAAGCCAAUCAAAGGGUCUCCAUAUCCAAGGGGCUAUUACAAGUGCAGUACAUCAAAGGGUUGUUCAGCUAAAAAGCAAGUAGAGAGAUGCAGAACAGAUGCUUCAAUGCUCAUCAUUACCUAUACCUCUAACCAUAACCAUCCAGGUCCUGCAGCACUCCCCACCUCAAAUUCACCCCAACAACUAAAAGAAUCAGAAACUGAAACCACCGAAGAAUUCCCAGUUACCUCGAAAGAGGAAGACCAAGAACAGAUAGAAGAACAAAUGAAUGAUAAGUCCACUAUGACCAGUGAUCAAGUUACAAAAGAAGAAAACUUUCGUUACUUGCAAUCUCCAAUACGCUGCUCCGAAGAGAUCAUUAUAGAUCAAGAAGAUCCUUUCAAACUAAACACGGAGAAAAGCCAUGACAGAAUAGAUCUUCUCUUAGAGGAACAGCCCUUUUGUUAUGCACAGCUCAAGAACUUCUCAGCAUCUAAAUCAGAAGAACUUGACUUUUUCGAUGAGCUUGAGGAGCUACCCAUGUCUUCAUCUUUCUUACACUUUACUAGGAGCAUUUUUUCCGAUGAAAGGAUUCCUGUUGCCCCUUCUUGAUUCAAGUGUUUUUUGGUGCUUGCCACCCGGAAGAAUCUAACUAUUGUAU